CUUUAUUUUGACAGAACACAAGUUUGUAGCGUAACCUAAAAAUAAUGAUUAAUACUUCCUAGUUUUGAAACGUAAAAGCAGUAUAAGUGAUGAGUGUAUUCCACGACGAAAUCGAAAUAGAAGACUUUGAAUACGACGAGGAAGAAGAAACCUAUUACUAUCCAUGUCCAUGCGGGGACAGGUUCCAAAUAACUAAGGAGGAACUGCUGGAAGGUGAGGAAGUGGCCACUUGUCCCAGCUGCUCCUUGAUCAUUAAAGUAAUUUAUGAUCCUGAAGACUUUGAGGCCGCCAAUUCAGAGGUGCAGAACGUUGUGGACAGUUUAAAGAAGUUGGAAGUGAACUAAUUUGAAAAUGA